UACCUCAUCCAGUUUAAUUGCUUGAUUUUUUUUCUGUUAGACAAUCAGUAAAGACAUCUUAACAACAAUAGAAUAAGGCCCCCCUCUGAUAGUCUAAGCAAAUGAGGUUGGUCUAUAUUCUUUGAAGAAGGCAGAUAAGAAAAGCAAGAGCGGGAUGAUCAUUCUGAAAUUACUUUUAAGAUGAGGACGCACAGAUGACAAUAGGAAAAUGUCUAUUUGGUUAAUCUCAAUCUGAAUGACAAUCAUCAAUGUGUUUAGACUGUUGGAUUGAGUUUCUGGUAGGGAACUGAAUCCUUGGUUCUUCACAGAGUUACAUUCAGAAACCGUUCAUGGUGGGGGAAACGCUGAGUGCUAGGUCCCUUUAACUUUACAGGGAAGCAGGGAGACAGCUUCAGUUUCUGAACUGGACCCGGGGAAGGUAAGCUGACUCCAGUCCUCUGUAAGCUAGCGGAACACAGUGACUGUCUCUCAGUUCUUUUCAAGGGAUCAUGUAGGGAAGUGAGCGAACACUGGAUGGACACACAGAAGCCUGAAAAUGGACAAAGAAAACAGUGAUGCUUCCUGCAAAUCCUCAGACCUGAAAAUCUCCAACAUCUCCAUUCAGGUGGUCAGUGUCCCAGGGAAGCUACCAGGGAGAAGACUACCUCGAAGACCCAUUGGCAAACCCAGGCCUCGCAAGCAGCCCAAGAAGAGAGUUCCCCUUUGGAAUGUUCAAAAUAAGAUCAUUCUCUUCACGGUGUUUUUAUUCAUCCUGGCAGUCACAGCCUGGACACUUCUGUGGCUCUAUAUCAGUAAGACAGAGAGCAAGGACGCCUUUUAUUUUGUUGGGAUGUUCCGCAUCACCAACAUUGAGUUUCUUCCUGAGUACCGGCAGAAGGAGUCCCGGGAAUUUCUCUCCAUGGCGAAGACAGUACAGCAAGUGGUAAACCUGGUUUAUACAACAUCUGCUUUCUCCAAAUUUUAUAAGCAGUCUGUGGUUGCAGACGUCAGUAGUAACAACAAGGGCGGUCUCCUGGUCCACUUCUGGAUUGUGUUUGUCAUGCCACAUGCCAAGGGCCACAUCUUCUGUGAGGAGUGCGUGGCAGCCAUCUUGAAGGACUCCAUCCAAACCAGCAUCAUAAACCGCACCUCUGUGGGGAGCUUGCAGGGCCUGGCUGUGGAUAUGGACUCUGUGGUACUAAAUGCUGGGCUCCGGUCAGACUACUCUUCCACCAUAGGAUCUGACAAAGGUUGCUCUCAGUAUUUCUAUGCAGACCAUCUGACCCUCCGCUACCCUCUGGAAAUUUCUGCAACCUCGGGACAGCUAAUGUGUCACUUCAAGCUAGUGGCCAUAGUGGGUUAUCUGAUUCGUCUCUCAAUUGAGUCCAUCCAGUUGGAAGCCGACAGCUGCAUCACUGACUCCCUGACUGUUUACGACUCCCUCUUGCCAAUCCGGAGUGCCACCCUGUACAGAAUCUGUGAACCCACAAGAACCCUAAUGUCAUUUGUUUCUACAAAUAAUCUCAUGUUGGUGACACUCAAGUCUCCUUAUGUACGGAGGCUGUCAGGGAUCCGGGCGUAUUUUGAAGUCAUUCCAGAACAAAAAUGUGAACACACGAUAUUGGUCAAGGAAAUCAACAGCUUUGAAGGGAAAAUUUCCAGUCCGUAUUACCCAAGCUACUAUCCUCCGAAGUGCAAGUGCACCUGGAAAUUUCAGACUCCCUUAACAACUCUUGGCAUAGCCCUGAAAUUCUACAACUAUUCAAUAACUAAGAAGAGUAUGAAAGGCUGUGAGCAUGGAUGGUGGGAAAUUAAUGAGCACAUGUACUGUGGCUCUUACAUGGAUCAUGAGACCAUUUUCCGAGUGGCCAGCCCCUUGGUGCACAUCCAGCUCCAGGGCAGUUCCCGACUGUCAGACAGACCUCUUUUGGUAGAAUAUGGCAGUUACAACAUCAGUCAACCUUGUCCUGCUGGAUCUUUCAGAUGCUCGUCUGGUUUGUGCGUCCCCCAGGCCCAGCGCUGUGAUGGAGUAAAUGACUGUUUUGAUGAAAGUGAUGAACUUUUCUGUGUGACUGCUAAACCUGCCUGUAACGCCAGCAGCUUCCGGCAGCGUGACCCUCUGGUCUGUGAUGGUUUCUGGGACUGCGAGGAUGGCCAGGAUGAGCAGAACUGCACUCGGAGCAUCCCAUGCACCAACAGGACCUUUAGAUGUGGCAAUGACAUUUGCUUCCGGAAACAAAAUGCGCAAUGUGAUGGGAUAGUGGAUUGUCCCGACGGAAGUGACGAAGAGGGCUGCAGCUGUAGCAGGAGUUCUUCCUCCCUCCACCGCAUCGUUGGGGGUUCUGACUCCCAAGAGGGGACCUGGCCAUGGCAGGUCAGCCUCCACUUUGUUGGAUCAGCCUACUGUGGUGCCUCAGUCAUCUCCAGGGAGUGGCUUCUCUCUGCAGCCCAUUGUUUCCAUGGAAACAGGCUCUCUGACCCCACUCCAUGGACGGCUCAUCUUGGCAUGUACGUACAGGGGAAUGCCAAGUUCAUCUCUCCAGUGAGAAGGAUUGUGGUCCACGAAUACUAUAACAGUCAAACCUUUGACUACGAUAUUGCUUUGCUGCAGCUCAGCACAGCCUGGCCUGAGACCCUGAAACAGCUCAUCCAGCCAAUAUGUAUUCCCCCAGCUGGCCAGAAAGUGCGGAGUGGGGAAAAAUGCUGGGUGACUGGCUGGGGGCGAAGGCAUGAAGCAGAUAAGAAAGGCUCCCCUGUUUUGCAGCAAGCAGAGGUAGAGCUCAUCGAUCAAACCGUCUGUGUUUCCACCUAUGGGAUCAUCACUUCCCGGAUGCUCUGUGCAGGGGUUAUGUCUGGCAAGAGCGAUGCCUGCAAAGGAGAUUCAGGUGGACCUUUGUCUUGUCGAAGAAAGAGUGAUGGAAAAUGGAUUCUGACUGGCAUUGUUAGCUGGGGACAUGGAUGUGGAAGACCAAAUUUUCCUGGUGUUUACACAAGGGUGUCAAAUUUUGUUCCCUGGAUUCAUAAGUAUGUCCCUUCUCUUUUGUAACUGUACCUGUUGGAUUUUUAACUGUGACUUACAUGAUAGAUUCUUGAAAAAAGAGUGUAAUUAUGAUCAAUAAAAUUAAUCUUUUUUUUUCAACUGGAAAUGUCAGAUUGAGCACAUCUGAUAUUCAUUGCAAAGUAGACAAAUUAAUAUACAUUCCAUAAAAGUUCCCCAAGGAUAUAAUAAUAUUCACUCCAAGGUAUCAAAAUGCUAUUGACUCAUGGAUGGAAGAAAACAAAUGCAAUCUCACAAACCAAGCCUCUAAAAUAAAAUGAGAACUCAGAAAGAUAGAUAUUUUUCCUGUGUGUUCCAACGCAAGCAGAGAUGCUUACAAGGAUUGAGACAAACACAGCACACAGUUAUCAUUUUCACAAAACUCCAUGCACAAAACAACGGCACCUCGCAAACAGACAUAAAGCAGAAUUUGGUAACUGGCCGAGGAGGGAGGGACAGUGUUGCUAUUCAAUCCAAUCUGUUCUACCUACGCCAUGUUGGACCAUGGCUGCACGGGGGCCAUGCUGUAUACAGAGAAACAGAUCCAGCUCGACACAAAACUGAGAGUGGACCCACUCCCACACAAAGCUAAGGGUUUGCAAUCUUCAGUGAAGCGAUAGAAAGCAGUAUGGUAAGAGUUGGCCUGAA